GCGGGUGCGUACUUUGGAGUGGUGUUUUGAAUAAUCGGUUUGUUUACGCGCUGUUUCCUUUGUUGUUGGAUAAACAUUGUUCUUUCAUUGAUUGAAUAUUCGCGCGAUCGUUGCGAAAUCAUUGCAAUGCUCAAUAUUUGACACAUACCCAUGUUUAGUUUAAAUGUUAAUCGCAUAAAAUAUUUUCUAUAUUUGUUGACAGUUUGUGUAUGCGGGCAGCAACCUAAGAUCGACCAACUUAAGCAGCAGAAUGAUAGUUUGGUUUCGGAAAACAAGAAAUUGAAAUGUUCAAAUGACAAAAUGACAAACCGAUGCCUGACCCUAACGGAUGCACUGAACGCAAAAGUAUUGGGCAAACCGCACGAUGAAAAUUUCACUGAGGUGGACGGAUAUCCUGAUAAAAUUAAGCUGAAGAAAUUUUCUGAAGUUGCCGGUAGUCGGGAUUACAUUUUUGUCAAACUACUGCUGUUGGACAUCUUCACGGACGGUCUGAAAAAUAAGACUCUCACAGGUCGUGUAACCAACAACCCGAAUGGACGAAAAGGAGGCGAACGGGUUCAUGUUGACGAGUCAACAGAAAAAGAUCGUCUCGAACCUGCAAAAGUUAAAUAUAUCGAAGAGCGUUUCGUUGAGCACCGCUGCUACCAAGGCGAUACGGCGGCUGUGGCUGGAGUGAAAAUUGAACAGUGCCGCGAACUGAUCGCACGAGUUCUCGUCUACUACGGAAAGAAAUGACUCGAU